AUGAGGGGGGAAAUCAGACGGUUAUUGAUCGGGAUUUUGUGCGGUCUGUUUGCGGUGGUUCGAUUGAAUUGGUUGGGGAUAUGCCUGCGGUUAUGGCAGGGGAAAGGAGAUUUCGGAUCCCGGGAUUUACGACUACGUUUUUGGCAUCGAGGGUUGAGGAUGAGAUACUCUGGGUUGAUUAAGGCAAGGAUACGAUAUUACAGCUUUCAUUGGAGGAUGCGGGUCUGGGAUUUGGAUACAACGGGGAUACGAUUUCAAGGGAUUUCGAUUACGAUCAUAUGGGCGCAUAAGGAAGAUUUGGGGUUGAUUCGAGAUCUCAAUAAGGAAGCUAAAAUUGAAUGGGAUUCGGGAAAUCAAGGGCAUACAAGGCAAGCAGAUGGGGUUAAAUUGCGACUUCGACAGAGAGAGCUUUCACAUUCUUCUCUCGGGCACUGUUAUUUGCUUUUACUCUCUCGGAUUAUUAUUCUUCUUGUUUUUCAUUUGGCAACUGGAGCGAUGUCGCAAGCUUCUAUGGUGAAACACGGUGAUUCGGGGAAGAAGGGGGUGGAAACGGUUCCAAAACGGCGAGUCAAGGUUCCGGCGUUUGACAACAAGGCAUUGAUUGAGGGUUACUCCAAAACGGUAAUUGGGAGAUGCUUCAAUCCUAGGAAACAGGACAUGAAGACUCUCCUUUUCAUGUUUCCUCGGAUAUGGCAGAUGGAGAAUCGGGUGGUGGGAGCUGAUCUCGGAUUGGGUAAAUUCCAAUUCGAUUUUGAGAAUGAAGAAGACAUCACUAGGGUUCUGACGAUGGAGCCGUUUCAUUUCGAUCACUGGAUGGUGGCGAUGUUCUGGGCAGAGCCGACCUUUCGGAGUAUAGGCGAGGAGCUUGGGGGAGUAGAGGAGAUAGACAUUCAUGGUGGUCGGGUGAAGGUGAUCCUAGAUGGGUUAAAACCCCUGUGCUUUGAAACGGAGCUCGACUUUGGUAAUGGGGUGGAGAUUCCGGUGAAGCUGUGGUACGAGAGGCUGUUUGGGUUUUGCAAGUUAUGUCAUAGCCUUUGUCAUGACGAAGAUGAGUGCGAGAAGCUGAUUGUCAGGAGGGUGCAACCUUCUGGAGGUGAUCGUCACAAUCCUUCCCAGGAUGACAGGGAGAGGAGACAUCAUAGCUACAGAGGCGCAGUCGAAUCGGAGGCGAGAAAAGGCUCGGAGCAGGAUAGUAAGAAGCGCAGUUUGGAUAAGGGGAAAGGGGUGGAGAAGGAGCAGCGAGGAGAGGGACACAGGUCACGAUCAGGACAUUACCACGGGGAGCCAUCGUACCGGUCUAGGCGUUAUUCCAGCUACUCCCAGCUCAACGAUCACAGACGCGUCACGUAUGAUGAGGAAACCGGUGAAGCGACUAUUGUGGAGCCCCCAGAAGCAAAGGUGGCUGGAAUUAGCAAAAAACUGGAAAUGGAAACUCGGGCCUCUGUCGAAGAAAGUGAAAUGGAAAUGGGAAUGGUGGCUGCGGAAAGGGAGAGUAUAGACCCUGGAUUGCUAGUGGAUGCAGAGUUUCAGCAGGCGGCUCUGGAGGCAGGAGAAGAGGUGACCGAGGAGGAGUUGGAGCUGAUGGAUGACCUGGAGGAGGAAACAGUGGAGAAGGAGGAUACGGCUGGAGAUCGAAGCCGCCGGGUUCGUGGGUCAGUGCUGGCUGGUGCAGGUUCCAAAAAGAGGAUUGCUCAGAUGCUGUCCACACCUAGGAAAAGGCAGGCGGCAAAGAAUGGUGAAGGAGGAAACCCGAAGCCCAGGGAGAUGGAGAAGGGAGGUCCAGCUGGGUCUAAGCCACCAAAACCAAAGAUUACCAAAUGAAGAUAAUAAGUUGGAAUUGUCAGGGACUUGGGAAUAAGUCAACAAUUGGGUAUCUUCGGGACAUUUGGAAGAAACAUAGGCCAGAAUUUUUAUUUUUAUCGGAAACAAAACAAUCUUCUCCUUUUUUAGAGCAAUUUCAAGCUCAUUUUGGUUAUAAUAAUUUGAUAACGGUUGAUCCAAUUGGUUGUAGUGGGGGGUUGGCAUUAUUCUAUAAUAAUAAUAUUUUUAAUGUUACUCUUU